CUCGGGUAGGACCCCAGCCCGGCUGGAAGAUGGCGGCGCCCAGCGAGCAGGUGGCAGCCGGUGAUUUCGAGGCAUGGUUGGACGAGCGGCUGGAAGCUCUGGGGAUGGAUCCGGAGGUGUACCCGGCUUACAUCAAGGGGGUCCUGCGGGAGGAGGACAAUCCCGAGGAGAGGGAUGAGGCGCUCAGAGGCAUCCUGUCUGCCUUCCUGCACUCAUCUCUACAGCUGGAGACUAUUCAGACAAUAUUGGCUUUUCAUGUACCAGGAAGAAGACUCGAUAGAAGAGGUCUGUCUAGAGAUAGUCACCAAAUGGUGUGACGCUGAGAAGGCGACCAGAGCCCAGACUAAAGCAGAAGACGAGGUGGAAGCGCUCACCAGCAUGAUAGAAAAGCAAGCACAAAUCGUGGUAAAGCCCAAAGAAGUGUCAGAAGAAGAGCAGCGCAGAAAGGCUGCCCUCCUGGCACAGUAUGCCAAUGUUACCGAUGAGGAAGAUGCAGAUGAAGAGGAGGACAUCGCUGCUGCCGCCCAGAGCAAUGAUAAAUCACUUUUCAAGAACACGAAUCUGGAAGACCUUGUGAAUGCCAGGAAACAUGAACGAGAUGCAAUGCGGGAGGCAUCGCAUAAGAAGAAAGAUCAGGACAAGCAACAACGGGAAAAGGACAAACAAGCCAAGCAGGACCGAAAAGAGAAGGAAAAAAAACGCACACAAAAGGGAGAGCGCAAACGAUAAAUCUCCUGCAUUACAGACUUUGCCAUGGGUCGGGUGCAUAAACUAUAUGGAUGUCUAUAUAACAUAAUCUGAGCUCCUUCCAUUGAGUGUAUUCAGCAGCAGCAAGAAGCGAGUUCAGGUCUCAUUUCUGGUGGUUCUAGCUUGAGAAUAACUAACUGGUGUAACCAACAUAACUGACAGUCACACUGCAUUAUUAAAAGAGCGAUGAAACUGAACUGCUAUUGUUCUCCCCUCUCCUGCCAAAGAGUAUUUGGAGCAUGAACAAUACAGCUUUCAUCUGACGGGUGGGUUAGAUGUGUUUAAUGGUGGGGUCUUCUGCUUUGCACUGAACAUCUAUUUAUACAUUUGUAAAUGAAAUAAAUUUUGCCCGGCACGCUGA